AAUCAGCAACUGAUCGAAGGUUUGUCCCGAGAGAACGUAAUCAGUGCAUGGAAGAUCAAAUUUGAUCAAAUUUGUCGAGGUGGUGAGCGACCGUGCCCUGUUGCCAUGAAACUAGCCGUUCCCCAACCAGAAGUGGUCUCUCCGACGAAAGAACAGCUCUAUGAGCUGUUAAUGCGAACACUAUCCGUUGAAAAGUACGAACAUCAGGUUCUAUUCAACGCAUGCCAG